ACGUGCACCAAUCACGUGAUCUUCUUCUUCUUCUCUUUUAUUUACACAUCGAGACGCGUUAGGGUAGGGUUUUAGUUUCUCUCCGACGAGAUUUGAGAUGGCACUAAGAGGAGUAUGGCAGCUCCAGAAGCUCGUGGUGAGCUACUGUAAUUGGGGUGGCAGCAGUAGAGGCAUACGAGCCUUUAUGGAAUCAGAGUUACCUGCUCUGAUCGAGAAGAAUCCGCAGCUCGAAGUGGUGACCGAGCUCUCAAGGGGACAGCAUCCUUACCUCAAGGGCAUUUACAGGAAUAGAAAUGAAAGAGUGGUGUGUGUGAAGAACAUGGAUCCUGAUCAAGUGCUUCUGAAUGCAACGAGGCUGAGGAACUCUCUUGGAAGGAAAGUGGUGAAGCUGCGGACUAGGCAUGUGACCAAGCACCCCAGUGUUCAAGGCACUUGGACUACCGCUGUCAAGUUCUGACAACUUUUGCGGUCUUUGUUCUUCUAAUUCUAGCUGUGAUGUUGCAAAUAUCAGGAUUCUUCCUUUGUUACCUAUAUUUGCGAUACCAAAUUGUUUGCUACUACUACUGUUCUCUCUGGUUCCUUUUUCUUACAACAAUGUUCUGUCUUGUUUUGGAUCCGGUUAAUGUCUGGGAAACAUGAUUCUCUUGUGUUUUGUCCGUUUCAAAUGUUAUGUUCUUCUCCGGGAGUCAA